AUGCGUUUGACCCGCAGUUGCACGAGUGUCGCGAAAGUUUUCCUUGUCGUGAGUCUCCUCUCGACAAUCUACAAAUUCUGGGGGAAAAAGCAAGAGAUUCUCGGGAAACUUUUGUUGAUUGAGGUGAAAACGAUCUCCUCUCCAAAACCCGCCUCAACCACUCAUAUGCUGGAGAAUUCCUGCAAAUUCCCUACCAUUUCAUCGGCUGAUGAGAGUCUGAAAAAGUACAUAAAGUUGAACAAAACGCAGAAAGCGUGCCCGAAUCCGUAUUUGCAAGUGAUGACAAAGGAUGAAAUGGGCAAUUUCUACUUUGCCGAGUCAAAAGAGAUCACGAAAAACUCGAUGCAAUGUUAUAUGAGCGAGUUGGGUGGAGCGCUUCGCCCGAAAGCUCUUCGUUUCACGAAGAAUGGACGAUUUUUGUUACCAAAAAACGAUUGGUUUUGGGUGAAUGCAGACAAUUUCUUGAUUACAUGUUAUGGGAACGCGAAUCUGAGCACGAUAUUCAGACGACAAUUCAUGGGAGUCACUGAUACGACUGUUCAGCGGAAAGUUGUGCCCGGCAAGCGUCCUCUCCCAAAUCCUCGACAAUUUGAUCUCUCAUCUUUAUCGAUCUCGAUGUUGGUGUUGGACAGCACCUCGAGAACUCAAUUCCUUCGACAUGCUCCGAAAACGGUGAAGAAAAUGAAUGACAUGGAAUUUGUUAUUCUCAAUGGAUACAAUAAGGUUGGUGACAACAGUAACGUGAAUCUUUUACCGAUUAUCGCUCAUCAACUUGCCGUAACGAAAUCUUAUCCACUUUUGACAAAAGAUGGACAGAUUGAGUUGGCAAAAAUUUUGCCUAUCAAUGCGUCGAUCGAUCCGGAUACGAUUGAUUUCAUCUGGAAAGAGAUGAAAGCUCGUGGUUGUGAGACUCUCUUCAACGAUGACAUCAUGCAUCGAAGCCGCGGGAUUCUCCACUAUCCGGCCAAAUACUUCUUGCCGGGCUUCUCUCGUCCACCAGCUGAUCACUAUUAUCGACCUUUCUAUACGAAUUUCUAUACGGAAACUGAAAAUCACUGGAAAAUCUGUUACGAGGGUCGGCAAAUGCCUGAAGAAUUUGCCGAUCCGUGGUUUCAUUUCACUCGCUUUACUGCUGAUCGAUACGCUUUUGGUUUCAACUUUAUCACGAGCAUGACGCACGACGAUCCAAACAACCUUCAAGUUAUCGAUGAAUACUUAGCGAAACGAUUAGAGCUCUUGGAUAAUGCUGAUGCCCUCGAGAAUACGGUACUUUUGAUCAUGGGUGAUCACGGGCAACGCCUGAAUGGCGCCACACAAACGUUCGCUGGUCGAAUCGAGGAACGCACCCCGCUGAUGGCCAUCUAUUUGCCAAAGAGAUUACGCGAACUCUUCCCAGAAGAAAGCCAAACACUCCUCGACAACAGUAAUCGAUUCACUUCUAAUUUUGAUGUCCACGAAAUGCUACUCGACUUUAUUGAGGGAAAAAUUGGUGACAAGAGGAAGAGACGGGAUGACGCAAGAGGGACAAGCUUAUUCUUGCCAAUCCCGUCGACGCGAAGCUGUCUUGAGAACAAUGUCGUCGAAGUGUUUUGUCUCUGCCAACCUGAGAUCUCUCAGCAGCUUAUCAAAGAUAUGAAGAGAAAAGUCAAAUAUACGUUCGGUUUCAUCGAGGCUCAUUGCUCAAUGAAAACAACGAGAGAUGAGAAGUUAUCGAUUCUCUUUCGUUUAAAGCAUCGCUUUAAUUCAAACGAGUUCUCGAUUACCAUUCCGCCAUUGAUUCGUGAUUCACAAAAUGUGACUCUUUUUGGAUUGAAUUUUUGUUUU